GAAGGCGGGUCCUUUCCAGGCGGUAUAUAAGCAGCCUCCUUGGCGCUUCCACUUCCUUUGGACAGUGAUCGCGGGAGGUGGAGGGAGGGCUGAGCUCUCUCCAUUUAGGCCAGAAUGCCCGUUGCCAGGAGUUGGGUGUGUCGAAAGACAUAUGUCACCCCCAGGAGGCCCUUUGAGAAGUCACGACUUGAUCAAGAGCUGAAACUCAUUGGUGAAUAUGGGCUGCGAAACAAACGUGAAGUGUGGCGAGUGAAGUUCACUUUGGCCAAGAUCCGCAAAGCUGCCCGUGAGUUGCUCACCUUGGAUGAGAAGGAUCAGAGACGUCUCUUUGAGGGCAAUGCUUUGCUGCGGCGUCUGGUCAGGAUUGGAGUGCUGGAUGAGGGGAAGAUGAAACUGGAUUACAUCCUGGGCUUGAAAAUUGAGGAUUUCUUGGAAAGGCGUCUUCAGACUCAGGUCUUCAAACUGGGCCUGGCCAAAUCAAUCCACCAUGCCCGGGUGCUCAUCCGCCAGAGACACAUCCGUGUGAGAAAGCAAGUGGUGAACAUCCCUUCAUUCAUUGUUCGCCUGGAUUCUCAAAAGCAUAUCGACUUCUCUCUCCGCUCUCCAUAUGGUGGUGGCAGACCAGGCCGUGUCAAGAGAAAGAAUGCCAAGAAGGGCCAGGCCGGUGCUGGUGGUGGAGAUGAUGAAGAGGAAGAUUGAGCUGCGAGGUUCAUCUUGCCCUAGUCGCACAGACUGGGGGGAAUUCAGCCUGGUUUAUUGUAACAUCACACAAUAAACAUAUUUUUCAAUCUCA